AUGGUGGAUACAGUUUUUUCGCCAUGGAGGCCAUUACGUCAACUCCGAUCAGGAUCUGUGGAUGAUACUCCAACAGGGAGGCGAAAUAAUCCUGUAUUCAGAAAUACAUUUAAAGCUACAGCAAUGUGGAAUGAUAUCAUUACUUCUUUCAUUGACGAGGGACCCAGGAAGAAGCAUCGUAGGCAGUUCUCUCAAGUUGAAAAUUCUUUCACGGGUAAAGAGGCUGUUGACUUCCUGAUGGAAGAGAUUCCCUCACGUUUUCUCAAUGGAAGACAAGUAUCUAGAGAGAAUUGUGUUGCACUUUUAACCAAAUUUUUGGAGAAGAAAGUUAUUCAGCGGUUCCCUCCAUCUGAAAAGAUAGAGUUCAGAGACGGUAACACGCUAUAUGUUCAUGCUGUUCAACCAACUGCUAAAACACCCAAGCUCAUUGCUGAAUUCGAAAAUACGGGAAUGAACGGAGGGUCUGAAGAAAAUAUAAGUAACUUAGGAGGCUUGAAAAGAUGUGCUACACCAGAGUUUUUACGUUAUAAAGGCUCUCCCAUGAAAUCGGCAUCGAAAUGGGACCGUAGAACCUCCAUGUCUCAUGGCAAUCUAGCUACUCUUGUUUCCACAUGCCCGUCAGGCGAGGGAGCUAACAUGCUUGUAAGUCCAAGAGAGAGGAGGUUACCUGAUAUCAAGCCAGCAUGUUCUACCUUUGAUAACAUCAUUGAUGAAAAAGCCAAUAUAUUCCCACCAGAACCUACUGAAGAGAAGGAGAACCAAGAGUAUGUAUGGUUGUCAUUCGGUAAACAAAAGAAAAGAGACCCUGAGGUCAGAAAAGCUUUAGGAGAAAUCAAUCGCGAGCUUCAAUAUACCACAUCUCUCAAAUACAAACCAUCAAUAGGAUCUGAGAAGGACAGUGUAGCUGCUUUGAAUCGCAGAGGGUCUGUGAAACUUUCGGAUCUAGAUAUCAUGAACAUGUGGAAGACUCAUCUGUUGGCGAGACUGAAAGAGGAGUUAGGUGUGGAAGAUCUUUCUUUUCUGAAUUGGCAUGUAAUGGGUUAUGAUAUAAAGUGGAAUGUCGAAAAGAUUGGAAGUAGCGGUGUAGUCAAGUCGAAAUCGGACAAAGAAGAAUUCUCUUCGUACUUGGUCCGCCUCAUGAAGUAUUUAGAACAGUUUCCCUUCCCAACUGGCUCCUGCAAUGUGAUAACCUACAAGGAAUUUCAAGAGGUUAAUGUUUUCAAAACAAUUUGCUCCAACUUAUCUCGUGAACCACCUAUUCUGAGUAAAGAUGAGUGUUCCGCAAUCCUACAUAUAUUUUCGAUUUUCAACGAGGAUCAGAAGAAUCAAUCACCAAUCUUGCCUCAUAAUAAAGAGAUGGAGACAGUUUUUGGAGAGAGCCAGCCUUACACUAGACUGGUUGAUAGGAAGAUGCCUAGAUUCGUGUCUAAUUCAUCUAUGAUUUCUCCUUGUUCCGAUAUAUCUGACACCCCAAUUCAUCGUCUCCCACCUGCCAUCCGUACUAAUGGAAUAUCAGAGGAUGUACGAUUCACCUUUUCAGCAGGAAAAGAAGAGAGUAUAUACGAAACAUUGCCUAGAAUACCCGAGAAAGGCAGAUUGAGGAGGAGAAGUGACCGAUUACUUGAGGAAAGUGUUGAUAUGAACGACGUAUUAGGUUUGCCCGGGCUCCGAACGAGUCCGGAUGUCGUUUCAAAAAUAGCUCAAAUGUGUACUCCAUUAUCAUCUGGCGUUUCAGGUAGAAAUACAUCCUGCUCGUAUAGAACAGCUCCAGUGGCUUUCAGCCCCAAAAUCUACAAUCUACCACGUGCAACUUUGAAUUCUCUCCUGACAUGCGUUUCGCUCGUUCUGUUAUCAAUUAGAACUUCCACACGCAGGAAGCUUCAUCAUCUUAUCAAAUUCAUGAAUAAGAUUUCUUCGAAUCAUUGUCUCCAGUUGGAGCCUAACUCAACGAACCGAGCAGUGCUGCUGGAAUCACUCACCAACUGUAUAGUAUCGUGCGAUGAGCACUUAUCUCCUUAUCAAGCAAUGGAUCUAGUAUCCUUACUCAUGGAUUUUGAAAGAGAAGUGUUUGCCGUAGAUGAUAAACUCAGAAAUCUUGUAACUGAGCAAGUCCGUGAAAAGCAGAGACGAAACUUGUCGACUGCUGAACCGGGGUUGAACGAAAUUCCCACCCCAACUACAAAUGUUAUACAAUUCUGUGAGAAGAUACAGCAUGACAACUAUGUAGAACAGCAAACUGCUCAGGAUGAUUAUCUCAUGCCCUUGCUGGAGCAAAUCAUGGUUGAUCCGCAUUUGAAGGAUGGUGAUCGGGAAAAGAAAUUGAAACAGUUCAAGAAAAUGCACCCAGAUGUCUAUAGGAAACGUUUUCCCAAUGAUCACGUCUUCAAAGCAAAUAAGGAUAACGGGUUCCUCAGAAGACUCUUCCAUAGGUAG